CUCACCUUCGACUCAACAUCUCAUCUAGUCACUUCUCACAACCUGUUUCAAAGGGUUCACUCACUCAUUUCCCUUGUCCCAUCCAAAUUAAUGUUUCACUUGGAUCUCUCUCUCUCUCUUUUCAAUAAUCACCGUUCUUUUUUUGUUGGUCCUCACUCAAUACCCCUCUUACCUCAUUGUGCUAUUUAGUUGAGAGUGUAUAGUGAGUGAGUGGGAAUGAUGGAGGGGGAUGAACCCCAGGUUGAAGCCACUGUUGUUCCUCCACCUUCAUCUCCACCUCGUCGUGUUCUUCUCAUAUCAGCCGGUGCAAGCCACUCUGCUGCCCUUCUUUCUGGGAAUGUUGUUUGCUCGUGGGGUCGAGGAGAGGAUGGACAGUUAGGGCAUGGUGAUGCUGAUGAUAGGCUUUUACCAACGCAACUAAGUGCAUUGGAUGCUCAAGAAAUAGUCUCUGUUGCUUGUGGAGCUGAUCAUACCAUUGCUUAUUCUGAGUCACGCGUGGAACUAUAUAGUUGGGGAUGGGGUGACUUUGGAAGGUUGGGUCAUGGUAAUUCUAGUGAUUUGUUCAUUCCUCAGCCAAUUAGAGCUUUACAAGGACUAAGGAUAAAGCAAAUUGCUUGUGGGGAUAGCCACUGUUUGGCUGUUACCAUGGAAGGCGAGGUGCAGAGUUGGGGGCGGAAUCAAAAUGGUCAACUUGGACUUGGCACCGCAGAAGACUCUCUUGUGCCACAAAAAAUUCAAACAUUUCAGGGAGUACCUAUCAAAAUGGUUGCUGCUGGUGCUGAACACAGUGUGGCUAUUACUGAAGAUGGAGAACUGUAUGGAUGGGGUUGGGGCCGAUAUGGAAACUUGGGAUUGGGAGAUAGAAAUGAUCGGUGGAUCCCUGAGAAAGUUUCUGCUGUUGAUUGUGACAAGAUGGUCAUGGUUGCUUGUGGCUGGCGGCAUACAAUAUCUGUUUCGUCUUCUGGUGGCUUAUACACAUAUGGAUGGAGCAAAUAUGGCCAGCUAGGACAUGGAGAUUUUGAGGAUUGUCUUGUGCCUCACAAACUUAAAGCCUUGAGUGAAAAAUCAAUUUGUCAGGUGUCAGGUGGUUGGAGACACAGUAUGGCACUCACCUCUAGUGGAAUACUUUAUGGAUGGGGUUGGAAUAAGUUUGGACAGGUUGGCAUUGGUGACAAUGUUGAUCGCUCCUCUCCUGUGCAAGUGAAGUUUCCCCAUGAUCAGAAAGUAGUUCAGAUUUCAUGUGGGUGGAGACACACAAUUGCUGUUACCAAAAGAGAAAACGUAUAUUCUUGGGGAAGAGGCACAAAUGGGCAACUUGGGCAUGGGGAAACAAUUGACCGGAAUUUUCCAAAGAUUAUUGAGGCUUUGAGUGUUGAUGGAUCAUGCGGGCGGCACAUACAAUCCUCAAACACCGAUCCAUUAUCAGGGAAAACCUGGGCCUCCUUAUCCGAGAGAUAUGCAGUUGUUCCAGAUGAAACUGUCUCAGGUCAAACUGCGAAUUCAGGGAGGGGAGAUAGGCUUGAUGUUAGUGUUCCAGAAGGUGAUGUCAAACGGCUCCGAGUUUGAUAUGCUAAAUUUCCUUUAGACGAGAAUGAUGCAUCUUAUUGAUUUCUUUGCACAUGGGAGACAUUCAGCUGCCACUAGUAAUAAUUUGGCUUUCAACAUCGUGAUUGUAAAUUAUAGCCAUAUUAUGAGAAACGUUACAUGUGAUCUCCUUCUUCUGUAUAUUAUUAAUUAGCUUAGCAUACCCUAGUUUAAAACUUUUAUUUCAAGUUUUAUGAUGCUGCGUUUUACUUGUUCAUUGCAAUAAAAAGCUUA